CACCAACUAAGUUACGCGAAUGGCUGGGGCAAUAAAAUACGUGCAUCCAGUACUGAUACUAUACUACUGGUGUGUUCGCAAGGUUGGCUUUCUGUUGGCGGGAACUCCCUAUCGAAUUGGCGAUUACAGUCUAUGAACGGCAUCCGCAAACAAGAAAUGCCUGCCCACGGAGAUGGCAUGGCUUGCCACAACUGCAGUUCAAGAACAACAGCGGGACUGCCUUUUUCUGGGAGCACCACCCGACCUGCCUAAUACGGACGUACCCUCGAACCCGUCGAAUCAGCAGGCUGGGGACCCACUUCCGUAGUAUGUACAUUCCUAGUGCGGCAGGGUUGGCUUAAUUGAAUGGCAAUCAGAGACACCGGCAUCACAGCUUCCCCAGUGGGUGGAGCGCGAGCGGACCGCCCGCCCCUCGUCUCUCUAUCUGUCUUCAAUCCUAGCAGAGCGUUUCAUUCCUUAUCGCUGGGCUGCACAGAGCGCCUCACCGUAAGUGGCAACUUAGCACGGGCGAGCCUGGCCGCUGGGAAGAUCGACUACUUCUGGACCAUGCAAAGCCCUGUCGUCCCAUGGAUGGGCAACAUUGGAGACGAGCCCCUCCUCGUGCAACACGGAUUCGGUGCUGCACUGGGAAACCUGUUAAGGCGAGAAGCUCGGGCUGCCGUGACUCAGCUAAUUAAGUCGACACCUUGACGGGACGGGCAUCCAAGUUAAAUACUGCAUGCACGUCGCGUCCCGCCCUCCUGGUGCCUUUUUGUCUCUCGCUCCCAUCUCUGUGACAUCGCAUCGCCAGACCCUUCCCCCCCCCCCCCCCUCC